AUGGAAAAUUUGAUGACCCUAGAUCACAAGCAGAAGAUGGCAUCGUUGGCGCCGCGUCUGCAGUUCUUCAUUCGCAUGAUUCCGAAUGGCAACUGCAUAGUGAUGCAAGGUUCUGCUGAAGAGAGCGUGAAAUCGGUCUACCAAAGGGUCGAGAGUAGAACUAGAAUUCCAAUUCAUGACCAGAGAUUGAUUCAUGCAGGGAAGCAGCUCCGUUGGGAGCAAAGACUCGGUGAUUGCGGCAUCCAAAACGAUGCCACCCUUCAUUUGGUGGCCUACUUGCGCAGCGGAGGAGACAUAUCUCGACAACGUGUCGCGGUGGACGACAUGUUGGACCUUUGGCACCUCUCCGAUGAAGGGAGCAGUACUAAGGAACAUUGCGUGAAAAUGUUGUUCAAGCUUAACGCCUUGGACGAUUUCAUGUAUAAAAGGGGUCUAAAGGGGCUGGUUAGUCUCUACCGGUCCGAAUCAUCACCUCACAAAGCCAUGGCCGAUUUCACCAUCAGAUUGUUCUUGGACGGUUGCAACUCCAUGUUCAAGAAAGGUUUACAUGCUUGUUGCCUUCGUACGGUGGCAGUGUUUUGUGAUCUGCUUAGAAUAUAUGCAGGGGAUGAUUGCGAUCUUUACAAUUCUUUUAUGACUUGUCUCAGGAUUGUGCUGGAGGAGUGUGUCGGUGAUAUAAAUCCCAAUCGGAAGGUUCUAGUUAAAAGUGUUUUGAAUUAUGUUGGUGAGAGUGUGAAUUUGGUGUUAAGGGAUUUGGAUAGUUGUUUUAAGAUCAAGAUCCUUGAGUUAUCGUUGAUGUACAAUUUCCAGAAUCUGAUUGCAUUCUUAGUUUGUUUAAGGGAUGCAAUCAAGGUUAAGGGAAUGCAAGCUUGGGAGACCCAGUCUGGGACUAAUGAGGAAGAUGAUGAGGAACCAUUGCUUGCAAAUGAGAUUUACCACCUUCGUCUUAUGUACAGUAAAUUAUUAUACAAAAUGGAAGAAGGCUUUCAGAAAAUUGAGGAUGACUUGGAUAACGUGAAACAAUGGACUAUGAAGUGGGUUCAUUACUUUACGCUAUUAAAGCAUAUGUCUGAACUCUCUAAGCUAAUAGACGGUGCUGAAGAGAUGUUUAGGGAAUUUUUGAUACACAGAGGGCGAAAUUUGUCUGUGCUAGUUAUUUUGUACACAACGAGAGGUGAGGGUCAUGAGUGGAUUUUGGAGCACAAAAGUGCGCUAAACUCCGCAGCUAGAAGGCAAUUGGCAGUAAAUUCAUUUCCUAGUGAAGAGCAUGGAGAUGAGGAAACGCAUCACAUAUUUAUUGACCGGUCUAAUCUACUUGCUGAAUCUUUUCGUGAAAUAGUGCACGCAAGGCUUGAAGCUUUGAGGUAUGACCUUUCUGUAAAUUUUUUGCAUGAGGAAGGGGCAGGAGAGGGUGUGGAGAGGGAGUGGUUUAUUUUGGUGUGUCAAGAAAUAUUUAAUCCGCUAAAUGCUCUUUUCGUGGCAUGCCCAAAUGACUGCAGAAGAUUUUUCCCUAAUCCUGCAUCCAAAGUAAAUCCUCUGCACCUUGAGUACUUCACCUUCUCUGGUCGCAUUAUUGCUUUAGCUUUGAUGAAUGAGGUGCAAGUGGGCAUUGCUUUCGAUCGUGUGUUUUUCAAGCAAUUGGCUGGAGAGCAUAUUACUUUGGAAGAUAUACAGGAAGCAGAUCCUUACAUGUACAGAAGCUGCAAGAAAAUAUUAGAGAUGGAUGCAGAUUUUGUUGAUUCAGAUGCUUUAGGACUUACAUUUGCUUGGGAGGCGGAGGAAUUAGGACACAAGAAAGUGAUUGAGCUUUGUCCGGGUGGUGAGAGCCUUGUAGUGAAUAGUAAGAACAGACAGAAGUAUGUUGAUCUUCUUAUACAAAAUCAAUUUGUGUCAUCCAUCUCUGAGCAAGUAUCACAUUUUUCCAAGGGCUUUGGUGAUAUCAUUUUCAACUCAAAGCUCCGACAGUUCUUCCAGAUUUUAGAUCUUAAAGAUUUUGACAGGAUGCUAUAUGGAGAAGAAAAUGCAAUUUCUGUUGAAGAAUGGAAGGCAAAAACUGAGUAUGUUGGCUAUCGAAAGACUGAUCCUCAGAUAUCUUGGUUUUGGGAGGUUGUUAGGAAAAUGUCAGCGGAAGAAAGAAAGAUUCUUCUAUUUUUUUGGACAUCUCUGAAAUAUUUACCAUCUGAAGGUUUCGAUUGUUUGGCUCCUUUAAAAAUUUGCAGAUCUAUGGAACCAGAUAAUCAUCUUCCUUCAUCACAUACAUGCAUUUACCAGCUUCGUUUGCCCCCCUAUUCAUCUAUGGCGGUCAUGCAAGAUCACUUUACAACGAUCACUACUCAAGAAUAUGUUUACUGCACUUUCGGUUAUUAUUAAACUAGUAUUUAGCCCGUUUGUCCGUGCGAUGCAC